AUGGGUAAGCGCAUCGCUUCAUUAAUCGUCGCUGUCAUCAUCUUGGGAAUCACCACCUACGCUCAAGAUUACACUAAAUUACAUUUCCAAGACUGUGGUAGCAAAAGUGCCGACAUUCAAAAGGUUGAUAUCACACCGAUGCCAUUGUACAAUCCCGGUCCAGCUUGGUUCACAUUUAUUGCUGACUUAAAACGUCCAAUCAAGGUUGUCCAAGUAAGUCUUGACAUCUUACGUACAGUCAAUGGAAUUAAACUUCCAAUCAAAUGCUACGUUGUCAACGGCCAAAAUGUUGGCUCAUGCAGUUAUCCCGACUUAUGUAAUUUUCUUAAAGACCUCUUGCCAGAGCUUCUUACACCAGAAAAGUGUCCACAAGGCUUACUUGAUAUUGGUGUAGAUUGCACAUGUCCACUCAAUAUCCAUCCACAAUUACUCAGUAUCGUCAAUCAACCAAUUGAUCUUCCUGAUGCUACACAAACAGCUGCUAGUUUCUUGGCUUCUGGUAACUUUAACAUGACUGUCACAGUCUCGGAAAGUGAUGCAUCAGCACCCAAACCAUACGGAUGCGGAAAAGUCGCUUUCACCAUGGCAACUAGUGGCGGUGGUGAUGACAACGAAUGGCAAAAAUUGCCGUGCGAUGAAAAAGUGCAACAUAAAGCAUGGAAAGCUCGUGUGACUGGGUACGAAGAAUGUGUCAAACUGUUUCGCACACAAGAUUCAGAUAAAAGUCCCGAAUUUAGUAAAUAUCUUGGACUUAUCAAGAAAUUUGUUCUUGAUGCAAAUGAGAAUGCUCGAGAGAAAGCACUUGACGCUGUACUUGCCUACGUGGAAGAAGCACAAGUAGCGGGAAAAACUGUAGGUGAAGUCGCACCGGGUUUGAUUGCUAAAUGUUUAAAUGGACGAGCGAAAAUGAAGGAACGAGCAUUCGAUAUUCUUCUUAUGUAUGUGGAAAUCGAAAAGCAAGUUGAUAUUGAAGAAGAAUUAGUCAAAGGAUUAGAAAACAAACAACCUAAGAUCGUUCAAGCUUGUCUCGAACUUCUUCGAAAAGGAUUAUCAGAAUUCGGUUCCAAAGUUCUUCCAAUUAAACCUUUUCUUAAACAAGUCGUUCCAUUACUCGAAGAUCGAGAUAAAACUGUUCGUGACGAAGCUAAGUUAUUACUUGUAGAAGUCUACAAAUGGAUCGGUAAACAAACUCUGAUGCCCAUGAUUCAAAACGUCAAACCUAUUCAGAUGCAAGAACUACAAACUGAAUUCGAUAAACUAGAUCUGAAUGGUGCUGAUAAGCCAAGACAAACACGUUUUCUUCGUUCACAGCAAGAUCUUAAACAAAAAAUGGAGCAAACUCAGGCAUCAACAACAACAGUUAGUGGAUCUCUUGCCGUUGAAGACGUCAAUGUCGAAAUGCAGGAAGAUCUCGAUCCAUUUGAAAUGAUGGAACCUGUAAAUAUUAUUGAUCGGUUGCCAAAGGAAUUUUUCGAUAAGAUCGAAUCAAAACAAUGGAAAGAUCGAAAAGAAGUGCUGGAUGACUUAUUAACAUUAUUGACACAGAAUCCAAAAUUAGCGCCGGAUAGUGAUUAUUUCGAAUUGAUUAAAGCAUCAAAAAAAAUUAUUUCAAAAGAUAGCAAUAUUCCUGUAGUUCUUGUUGCUGCCAAAUGUCUUACAGCAUUAGCCAAAGGUUUACGAAAAGGAUUUAAAAACCAUGCAGUUGGGGUCUUAGAAGUAUGUCUUGACCGAUUUCGAGAAAAGAAGACAAAUGUUAUCGAAGCACUGCGUGAAACAUGUGAUGCUGCGUAUCCAUCGACUAACCUUGAACAACUCUCAGAAGUGGCACUUGCUGUAUUAGCACACAAGACUCCCAUUGUUCGACAAUGUACUCAACAGUUUCUCACCAAAUGUUUUGCUAUGGCUACACAAACAACACUUCCCAAAAAAGUUCUCAAAAUCUAUCUUCCACCUUUGAUCAAGAACACGGGUGAAGCUGAUCCCAGUGUUCGUGACAGUGCAUUCGAGAGUCUUGGAAUGCUGUGGAAAUGUCUUGGUGAAAAACAUAUUCUUCCAAAUAUAACCGACUUAGACGAAUUGAAAUUGAAUAAAAUUAAAGAAUAUGCCGAAAAAGCAGUUCUACUUAACCUUCGUGGAGAGCCACGUUCAUCAGCUCCAACAGGAGCAAGUGCAGCCGCAGCGGCGCCGUCAAAAACAACCGCAUCUUCGAUUAAUUCAGCAACGAUGACGAAGAAAACAUCAAGUUCAACAGUACCGAAAUCAGAAGUUGGUGCUGAGAAAGAUGAAGAGACUCCAAGUCCAUCAACAACAGCAAAACCAGCCGCUGCUGCGACAAAGAAGAAAACAGCGACAGCAGCUAAACCAGCAGCAACAACUAGCGAACCUGCUGAAGAGAAAAAACGAGAACCACGACCACCAAAGGCGUCUGUACCAUUCACUAGUACGGUAUCUCACACGAUCCCUUCUCGCGCCAAACUCUCUCUUACAAGCUCAUUAUCACCGCAAUUCUCAACAUCAACGAACGCAAAAGUUGAUUUUUCAAAAACUCGACCGAUAACCGCACCAACAUCAUCAAUAAAGCAAUCAUUAAACAAAACUCAAUCUUUUACCCAACGUCCAAAUGCUCUACUGGCAACUCAAUCCAUAUCCUCAACUGUACCAAUAGCAUCCACUAUUCGACGCUCGUCACUGACUCCCACUAGUUCACCUCUAUCGUGUCUACAACGUGAAUCCACUUCAAACAGAGGUUCAACAUCUUCAAUAAGUAGUGCAACAACUCAAGUAUCAAUUCCGUCUACGGCAUCGCCAAUAAAACCUUCUUGCAUCCCAACGAAUAGUCCGAUCUCUUCUCCAAUCUGUGGAACUGUUCGUAGCGAAAAACCUAUCGACGAUCCUGAAUGGCAAAAGUUACCGUGCGACGAAAAAGUACAACAUAAACUAUGGAAUGCACGUUUGGCUGGUUACGAGGAGUGCGGCAAACUGUUUGCUUCGCAAGAUUCGAGCAAAAGUGGAGAAUUCGAAGACUAUCUAGAUCUUUUACCACGAUUUGCCAUGGAUGCGAAUGAAAAUGCCAAAGAAAAAGGUCUGGAAGCCCUGCUUAUCUUCAUUCAGGAAGCUCAUGUCGCACGAACAACUGUGGGUGAUAUUGUUCCGACAUUGGUGAGCAAAUGUCUUAGUGGACGACCAAAAAUUAAAGAACGAGCAUUCGAUAUUCUUCUUAUGUAUAUUGAAAUUGAUAAAAAUGCUGAGAUCGAAGAUGAAUUAGUUAAAGGAUUAGAAAACAAACAACCCAAGAUCGUUCAAGCUUGUCUCGAACUUCUUCGAAAAGGAUUAUCAGAAUUCGGUUCCAAAGUUCUUCCAAUUAAACCAUUCCUUCCUAAAGUCAUUCCACUACUCGAAGAUCGAGAUAAAACUGUUCGUGACGAAUCGAAAUUACUGCUUGUGGAGAUCUACAGAUGGAUCGGUAAACAAACUCUGAUGCCAUUGAUUCAAAACGUCAAACCUAUUCAGAUGCAAGAACUACAAACUGAAUUCGAUAAACUAGAUCUGAAUGGUGCUGAUAAGCCAAGACAGAUACGUUUUCUUCGUUCACAGCAAAAUGUCAAGCAAAAACAAGAACAAGCAGUCGCAAGUGGCGGUGGUGCAGGUGCAUCAGUUGCUGUUGACGAAGCUGAAACAGAUGCACAAGAAGAUCUUGAUCCUCUUGAAAUGUUAGAAGCUGUCAACGUUCUUGACAAAUUACCGAAAGAAUUCUUCGAGAAAAUUGAAUCGAAACAAUGGAAAGAUCGAAAAGAAGUGUUGGAUGAUUUAGUAACAUUAUUGACACAGAAUCCAAAAUUAGCAUCCGAUGGAGAUUACUUCGAAUUAGUGAAAGCGCUUUCAAAGGUUAUCUCAAAAGAUAGCAAUAUUCCUGUAGUUCUUGUUACUGCCAAAUGUCUUACAGCAUUAGCCAAAGGUUUACGAAAAGGAUUCAAAAAUUAUGCUAUUGCUGUCUUAGAAGUAUGUCUUGACCGAUUUCGAGAAAAGAAGACAAAUGUUAUCGAAGCACUGCGUGAAACAUGUGAUGCUGCGUAUCCUGGCACUAACCUCGAGCAAAUGGCUGAGACUGUAAUUGUUACAUUGGCUCACAAAACUCCCAUUGUUCGACAAUGUACUCAACAGUUUCUCACCAAAUGUUUUGCUAUGGCUACACAAACAACACUUCCCAAAAAAGUUCUCAAAAUCUAUCUUCCACCUUUGAUCAAGAACACGGGUGAAGCUGAUCCCAGUGUUCGUGACAGUGCAUUCGAGAGUCUUGGAAUGCUGUGGAAAUGUCUUGGUGAAAAACAUAUUCUUCCACACGUAACUGAUUUAGAUGAUCUGAAACUUACUAAGAUUAAAGAAUAUGCCGAAAAAGCAGUUCUGUUAAAUGCACGUGGCGAACCACGACCGCCACCAUCUGUUGCUCCACCCCCGCCAGCAGUGGUGAAAACAAUUAAAGGUGGUGGUGCUGUUGUGGUGAAGCCGGAAGUGAUAGUUGCCGACAAAGAUGAUAAUGACGACGAAGACGUGCCAGCAACAUCAUCAUCUCCACCAAAGGGAAGUGCUGCAGCGGCAAAGAAGAAACCAGUUGCAGGUGGUAAAGGCGGUGCAGUCGCCACUGAAACAGCAGACGACAAAAAGAAAGAUGCGAAAGGAAAACCUGCUGCUGCUGGCAAAACACCACCAGGUAAUGCUGCUCCAACAACAGUUAAAGGCGGUCGACCAGUUCCAGGAAAAGGUCGUCCAGCCACAGCUCCAUCGCCACCCAAACAGCCCAUGGAGACUGAUUCAGAUUUAGCAUCAGCCAUGCAAGACGAAGAUGAACAGCAACGUCCUGCAACUGCACAGCGUAUUCAAUCGAAAAUCGAAAAAAAAACAGGUCAAUUUCAAUUGGCUCUUAACGACGAUAACAUGGACGCUCUUCGUUUACCUGAUCUCGUUUCAAGCGAAUUACCUCACGAUUUCGAUCUUCCAGAUUUACCACCGCGAACUGUACCAACAACAUCGAUUCCAGUUUCAUUUUUGGCUGCUUCUUCUGAUUGUCGUCAAUCAAUUGAUCUUGUCAUUGCGCUUAUCGCUGAUCAUGAAGUUAACAAUAGUUUAUCAUCCUUAGCACAAAUUGAUGAAGUUCUCAACGAUGCAGCUAAAUGUGUCUAUCUCGAGCAGCACGUUGAUAAACUUCUUCGUAUGCUGUCAAUGAAAUUACGUAUUGCCCAACAAAAUCACUUAUACGAUUCUUCAUUACCAGCUGACAGUGUCGAACGAUUAUUUCGCGGAAUACUAUCCGUUUUACUCGAUCUUUUCUCGCGUUCUCAUCUCGCUAAGAUUGCAACACGCGAUACACUCAAAGAAUUGCUUAAUGUUCUCUUACCGUUUGUUGUUGUAACUAUUACGCCACCAACAACAAACAGUGUAAAUCAUCAUCAUACAGCACCGCGAGUUGAUGCCUCGUCAAAUGAAGAUUUCAUUCGUAUUGUUAACGUGAUUGUGUUGAAAAUUUUACAGCACGCACAUAUGACAAAUGUUUUAACAGCUUUGAUUCGACUUUUAACGGAAUGCUGUCUGCAAAAUGAUUUUUCAAUCAAUGAUCCAUUUGUUAAACUUGUUCUCAAAUGUCACUAUCGUCUGGUUCGAAUGUUUCCAUUGUCACUUAAAAACAAUCCUUCAGAGAUCGAUUCGACACAAAUUCUAAUUGAAAUCUCUUCAUUUCUCAAACAACUUCCAUCUCGUCGUUGGCAAGCAUCGCCAACCAACGAUUUUCCUCUUCGAAUAAUCAAAACAUAUCUCCAGCAAUUAGUCGACGAACGCCAACGUUCAAUUCUCGACGAUCUCUCGCGUAUCCCAGCUGACCAUCAGCCAAUCUCUGAUGAAAUGCGUCACUACAUUCAUCGUAAAUUAAAAGCUCUGACUGUUUCAUCAUCGGUAACAAAUAGCGAACAAGUGACUCAACAACAUCAGACAGCAUUGAAAACCAUUUUCCAAAAAUUUGCUCGUCGAGAUCAAGUGAAGAUGGGUUUAGAAGAAUUAUACGAUUUUAAAUCACGUUUUCCUAAUGUGGACAUCAAUCCAUUCUUAGCGACAACUGCGGAUGCUUUUCAGAAAUUUAUUCACGAAGGUUUAGCACGUGUACACAAUCAACGCACUGCUGCUGCAGCAUCGACAAUGGCGUCAACAAACGCCAGUGUAUCAUCACCGGCAUCGACUAUUCUUCGAGAUAAAACGCAAACGCUUACAUCAGUACCAAAUCAAGCAUCGCCAAAUUCGUUCUAUUCACAAUACGCUCAAAUUCAUGAAGAAAAACUACGCGCAUUGAAAGAACAAUUUGUUUGGAUUGAUACAUUGCCAACACCGACAAAUAUCGAACAACAAAAACCGGUUUCAGAUGAAGACUUCGUUGCUAUUUAUAAUAAACGUAUGACGGCGAUUAAAGAGAAAUUUCACGAUCAACUGGGUAAUACAUUUGCGUCAUCAUCGACACCUAUUGAUCCUCAAGUUUAUUCACAACAUCUAACACAAAUGCGUCAACAAUGUGGUCUGGCGGCCACACCAAUUUCAACCGGACAAGAUGCAUUUGAUGUUGAAGUUGAAUCUCGUUUGAAUAAUGGCGGCACAAAUGCUAAUAAUACCACUGGUAUUAACGCUCGAUUAGCAGCAUUACGAACAAAUAAAACUGCUGAACCAGCAGUUGAUCCACCUCCUUCAUUAUCAACGCCAGUCGAUGCUUCAGCUCAACGUACACGAGAACUACUUCGACAACGACUUGAACGGGUUAAACAAGGCAUUGUUGAAUAA